AUGGAUGCUCGAGCAGACACGUCGUCGGGCCGCUUUGGAGGGCAAUGGGCUUUUCUUUCCACUCCUCCACAUCAUGGAUCAAGGUCUCUCCCGCCAUCGUCGAGCUACCUGCGAAGUGACCGCAGCAAUGUCUCUCCUCUACCGAACACCCUGCACUUCCACCAGCUCAAUGCGUCUCGUUCAAGCCUAAACAGGCAUGUCCAGACCCCAUCCAUCGGGGGUCGCAGCUCGACUACAACUAUCCCUUCUCAACCCGUCCUUGUUCGUGUCCAUUCCGACGAUGCCUCCCUUCAGAUUCGUCCUCCACGGCCGAGGUCCAAACAGGGCAUCAUGAACAACGAAUUGCCCCCUCCCCACGAGUUCAGCUUUCGAGGGAUCUUGGCCGCAAUUGAAGAGGACAUCGACGAAGACGUCAAUGCAAUAUCCGAAAUACUCGGGAGGAGCAGGUUGGUGCUGGCAGACCAGCAUGAGAGCCACUUGCCUCCCCAGGGCGAGAUUAGGGCCCUGGGCAGUCCCUUGCAGGCCGUGGCCGAGGCAAGCGCAAGCAAUGAGCGCCUUGCGGGAGCCGCCGACGAUGUUAUCAUUCUCCGAGAAGAUGCUAGUCUUGUCGACGGAAGUCACACUGGCUCCGCCGCAUACGGCCUGCUUGAGAGGCUACAAGCUGUCCCGCGUUCCAGGCGCAGACGGAGCGAGACCCCCGGGGCAGGUCCCUCGCGGCCCGGGACAGGCUCAAUGCGCCAUACUUCGGCACCAGCGGUUUUGUCGGAUAUGUCACCGAUUGUUGAAGAUCAUGAUCGACUUGCGCUGUCUGGACUGUCACGCUCUUCUCACCGGUUGCUACAGAGCUCCGCCGCAGGGCACGAAGUAGAGGAAACGCCGUCCAGAGCAACCAAUGCCGUCGUAUCAGAAACAUACCUCUCGGCUGGGGCAAAUGCUGUGACCAUCUCCGACCCUCCGAUCGUUUCGGAAGGUGGUCGCCAUUAUCCACUGUACAGCUUUGACGACAGCGGGCUCUUCGAAGGGCCCGCUGCUUCUUGUCCGCCUCCACCUACGACCCUACGGGAAAGAUUGCAGUCGCUGAUUCCCCGAAUGGAGUUGCACAAUUUCGUGCCCUGGGUCCACGGGCAACCCAGCCGGCCGGUAAGCGCAGAGUCCCAGCUUCGGGACAUCCUCGACAGGAAUCAACGCGCGUUAAGCUCUGGAAGAAGCUAUGCAAUGGUUGUCGAGAGCUUGGAGAUGUACGAGUAG